GUGUGUUUAUUAUAGACACUUUGGAUCCGGGAGAAGGGAGAAGGAGAGAGCAGAGAGAGCUGAUGGAGUCGGAGCAGCUUCCAGCUGCAUGGUCGCUGCACGAUGAGGAAGCGGAGGUGGGCGGGGCCUCACCUCCAUUCAUGGGUGUGUCUGAAGACCUGGGAGGUGGUCCUUUAAUCCCCAUGACACAACAUAGAAAGGAUGAUCCGUGGUCAUGUGACAGCUCUGCGUCCUCCUCUGAAGACAGCGACGAUGAUGAUUCGAGGUGGAGGAAGAAAAAAAAGAAGAAGAAACUAAGGAAAAAGAAGAGCAAGAGAUCGAGUUCGUCAUCAUCGUCUUCCUCCAGUUCCUCGUCGGACAGCGACAGCAGUGAGGAAGAGAAGAAGAAGAAGCGGAGGAGGAGGAGGAAAAGGAAACAGAACGCUGUGACGACAGCGAUACCUGAGUCAGGCCUCGUGCUGGAAAUUGUGUUAACGCCACUAAAACAGCAAAACGACGAGCGAGAGAUGAAGAAAGCAAAAAAAGACAGCACUAGAAAGAAGAAAAAGAAGAAAGACAAGAAGAAGCGGAGGCAAAAGAAAAAGAAGAAGAAGAACAAAAAGAAUAAAAAGAAAAAGAAGGAUUCCAGCUCGUCUUCCUCCUCCGACAGCUCGUCAUCCGACAGUGAAGAUCAGGACAAGAAGAAGAAGAAGAAGAAAAAGAAGAAGAACAAGAAGAAGAAGAAGAGAAUGAAGAAGGACUCAUCGUCUGACAGCUCCAGUGACGAUGAAAAGAAGAAGAAGAAAAAGAAGAAAGACAAGAAAAGAAAGAAGAAAAGAAAGGAGAUGAAGAAAAAGAAAAAAUACUCGAGCUCCAGCUGCAGUUCUUCCUCGAGCGAGAGCGAUGACGAGAAACUGAGCCGGAAAUUAAAGAAAGAGGAACCGUGGGGCGAUGACGCUGCGAGAGACGAGGGGUUAUUACGGGGCGAGCUGGAGGGGAGGGCAGGAGCGGCGGCUGAUGAUUGGACAGCAGCUUCACCAGCAUUCCCUGCGGCCUGCGAGGCUGAGAGGACCGAUGGGAUAUGUGGCGAUGGUGAAAGAGGAGAAGAAGAAAAGAAAGGGAAGCUGAAGAAAAAGAAAAAGGUUCUGUUUAUUAGCAAGGAUUCUGCUUCAUCUUCAGAAUCGUCGUCCUCCUGUUCGGACAGUUCCUCCUCAGACAGCGAGGAUGACAAGAAAAAGAAGAAGAAGAAAAAGAAGAAGAAGAAGAAGAAGAAGAAGAAGAAGGACUCGAGCUCUUCAUCUUGCUCCUCAUCCUCUUCGGAUAGUGAGGAUGACAAGAAGAAAAAGAAGAAGAAGAAGAAGAAGAAGAAAAAGAAGAAGAAAAAGAAGAAGGACUCGAGCUCUUCAUCUUGCUCCUCAUCCUCUUCGGAUAGUGAGGAUGACAAGAAGAAAAAGAAGAAGAAGAAGAAGAAAAAGAAGAAGAAGAAAAAGAAGAAGGACUCGAGCUCUUCAUCUUGCUCCUCAUCCUCUUCAGAUAGUGAGGAUGACAAGAAGAAAAAGAAAAAGAAGAAGAAGAAGAAGAAGAAGGGGAAAAAGAAGGCCAGCAGCUCUUCAUCUUCAUCUGACAGCGAGGAGGAACGGAAGAGGAUGAAGAAGAAAAAAAGGGGAAAGAAGAAAAAGGGCAAAUCCAAGAAGACAAAGAAGAAGGGUUCCAGUUCUCCUUCGCCUCACGACGUUGAUGAAAAUAAAGAAAAGCAAGAAGACUUAAAGAAGGAGGAAGUGAAGGGAGAAGAUCGGGAUGGACGGAGCGACGCAACGGGAGGAGUAGAGGACGGAGAAAGAUACGAUAUGUUCCCAGACGAUCCUACACGUGGCGUCUUUACUGAGGGGGCGGAGUCUCAGGGGGAGGGCUCCAGGGGCACCUGGAGGGGCGGAGCUUUAGGCUACAAGCCUCACCUGGACACCGAGAGGAACGGCAACGAGUCACAAUAUCAGAUGUUGAACGAGAACGAAUUGUGAUUUCUUUUUUUUAAAAAAACAUUUUGCUUUUUAUAAUUCAGAGUAAAAAAUCAUUCAGAUGUUCAGUUUAUCUCACACUCUAAAGAUUCGAGUUUAGAUUUGAUUCAGGCGAUUCACUUGUUUAACUUGUUUCGUUUUCCGGUACACAAUCACAGGUUUUGCGUUAGGAACGGGUUUCCUUAUGUCAGAGAUUUCAGAUGUGGUUUUUUUUUUUUUGCUUCAUGGAGCAUGAAAUUCUGACUUUUUUUUACUUAAGCUGACGUUUUAGACGCUAGUUCAGAUUUCAGAUUUGAUCGAAUGCGCACAAAGGGAUAAAAUGACGAAUAAGGACAAAUUAGAUCUGAAAGUUUUGUUGACAGUUUGCUUUUAGCGAAUAAAAUCGGAAAUGUUUGGUAGUCGUAAGGAAGCUAGCUUUAUCGCGGAAAUCAUUUCACCCCGUUUCUUUGAUCAGUCUGGAUAUUUCUGGAGAAAUUUUCUUUUUACAAAUGUUUUCGUUUCGAAUCCCAUUUUAAUAACUUUUCAGAUAAUAAAACGGCAAGAGUGAUGAAAUGAAAACCGGAAAACCGCGACAUAAAAUUAGAACCCAAUCUAAAAUUUUAUCUAGAAGAAUCUAGAAACUCUUGCAUUGACAGAAAUAGAGAUUAUGAAAAAUGAUACACUUUGGGGACACUCAUUCGCAAUAAACAACAACAACAACAACAAAAUAAGCUUUUCAUUUGAUUCACCUUUGUAUUAAUCAGCUGGCAUAAAGUGAGAUUUGUUUUUCUUUUCUUUUCUUUUUUUUUUUUUUUUGCUUUUCAGUAGAAAAAUGAUUUCAGGCUGUUUAGGAUUUAAUGGCACAGAAAUGCAUGGACAUUAAGUCUUAAUUGACUUAUUCCAAAUAAAAAUAAAAAACAAUAUGAGCUUUACAGUGUGAUGAUGUUAUUGUGUGAUGCACUUUUUUUUCUUUGUUAUUACAAUUUGCCAAACUAUUUGUUUACUAUUACAUAUUACUACACCAUUUUUUUUAUAAAAAUUUUAAUUAAAGAACGACGUCAUGGUGCUUAUGCAUUAAUAGUUACAUUUAAAGUUCUGUGAAAUGAGUUAGUUCCUGUUCUCACUUACAUUACAGCAGCGGUAAGCUGUCGUUCCCUCACCAGUCUCUCUUUAUUCUCUCUCUUCAAGUUGAUUAGACAAAACAAACCCACGAAGUGUACACUCCCGCUCUGAUCGACAUAAAAUCGCAGCUUUAAGGUACGUUCACAUGUGCGAGUCGCCCGUCGCUGUAUUAUGAAUUCGCCAGAAAUCCUUUCUACUACUGGUUGCCGUAGUAACAUUUAUCAAUGGGGGGUGGGGGUGCAACUAGUAUUCCAGUUUCGACAACGAAUCGGUUUCCUUGCCACUAAAAUGAAACAUUCUGGAGGGAGAGCGUUUAUACAUAUAAAAUGAUGGCCUGAGUGCGUUUAAAGCAAAAUAAUAGCUAGUGAGCACCGGAGGCUACGGAUCACGUACUCUCUACUGUCUAAAGUCCCUCCAGAUUUGCAUAAACUUUUCUCAGCUGGACACGCCCACAUCUAGUCGCUCAUGUCGCUGGAAGUCACCAGCUCUCGCUGAAAACGAAUGGUCUCCGGUCGCUUUGUUGCUGCGUGUGUGAACGCACCUUUACUUCUGACUGCCACCGGAGACUCCUUCCGUGAAUGUCGAAUACGGAAAUGUCGCCUUACAAGUGGAAAACUGCACCGUAUCAGUGAUCGUGCGUAGCUAUAGGCGAACUGGGCAGAUGAGAGAUGAGCGAGAGAUGAGAGAGAGAGCAUUUCAUCUAAACGAACUUUACUUCGUCCUACACAAGACCUGCCCGUCCACCACUCUUAGAGCGGCAUCGACCUGAUCAGCGCAGUUGUAACUGUGAGGGAAAAUGAUCUGAUCGUGCAAAACGCCACGGUGAACCUCCAAAAAACGUCAUCAAACACUCUUGAUAUGAGUACAUAACUCUACACGAAUACAUGAAGACAAAACGACAAGCUGGACUUCUUUAACCAAGUACUCGAUCCGUACUGUGGAGGAGCGCUUUUCUCUUCUCACAGAGUAUGAGAACAUUCGGAGUUUUAUAUGACGUUACAUCUACUGUAUCAAAGACGAGGUGACGACGACGAGAGUUCAUCAGGAGUGCGUAUAACUGGGAAGGCCCUGACUCAUGGAGACUGGCUGGAUGUUGAUGGGCGUGACGUGUUGGUAGAGCUGACUGCUUUGAGCAGACGUCUGGCUGCUGGAUCUCAACCACCGUAUGUCCUUAAGUUCAUUUGGGGGAAAGGAGGGGGUUUUUUUUCAAACGUUAUUGUCGCAUUAAGACUGCUUCUCGCUGUCCUUGAAACUGUUUCUCAAAGCUAAAACGGAUUAGAAAUGAUCUAAUGACGCAGGGCGGACUUAACGGACUAGCAGCAACUGCAUGUGAACGUGAACUUACAGAGAAAAUGAAUAUCCAGGAGGUUUUUUUGUAGCUUACAUACAGUAUGCUUGUUUAAAUCCUGUACAUAUACUUUAGAUAUAACUCAUAACGCACAGGUGGAGGAAGUGAUUUGUGACUUGCUGAAUUUGCGUUCGGACUUUUUUUUUUCAUGGAAUCAGAAACAAUGCUUCAACGCUGUUUGAGUUUUCAUUUGAGUGUAAAUUUAUCAAUAAACAAAAUGUCCAGUCUCGCACACGUAUCUUAAAGGUUGUGGAUGUGAAGUGGAGGGCGGGGUUUGUCUCGAUCGUGGUUUGCCUAGAAUAGCAGUUAGACACGAGCCGGCCCCGCAUACGCUUUGAAAACGUCCGUAAUUUCAGUAUUUCAGAUUGCAGAUGAUGGCUAAUUAACGCUCCUUAACGGUCGAGGUACGGUGCAGUGUCAAAAGCUCUAAAAUCUUCUUUUAAAAAAAGAAUCGAUUGGUACGUCAACAAAAACAAGGAGGAGACGCAUCAUUUGCAUACACUGUGACGACAACGCGUGUGUUACACCGGAGAUGUGGAGUUUAAUCCCGAUGUAAUAACUCUUUUUUGGUGCUGUUGUUGUUGUUGUUGUUGGUGUUGUUUUAGCACCAGGUUAGUUUCAGAGCGUAAACAGUCACGCUGACGGAAGUGGAUUUGGGUGGAAGUUUUUGGGUGGAACAGGAAAUUCCAGAUUUCCAGGUGUAUCAGGUUACAUAGACAACAUGUAACAAGCAGAUUUAUUCACGUGAUAGCUUCUGCAUUCAAGUGUUAAAAUGACUGAUGAAAUAAAAUACUCUGAGAAAAUGAGCAUGGGUCAUACAGAAAUAAUAAUAAAAUACACUACUACUACUACUACUACUACUACUACUAAUAAUAAUAAUAAUAAUAAUAAUGAUGGAAAAUGUGACCGUGUGUGAUGACGUCACGUAUUUUCCAUCCUAAUGUCUGAAUCACAAAUGGCUCCUUGCUCCCUACCUAGGGCACAUAAACCUGCCCCCUUGCACUGAUCACGUGAGCCACUUGCAAGCUGUUGAGUGAGAGAGGAGAUGACGCUCGAGCGCUUUCUGUCAGUAUAAAGUGCACUUACGGUGAUUUGGAACACAGCCUCGGCGUCAGGUGCGGUCUCCGUGUGUGUUCUUCACUUCAAUUCACUUCGGCACUGCAGGAGCGUCUCUGAGCUCAGGGGGAAGCAUGGACUUCGAUUUGGCUGCAGCUGUGGAUAAGGAUGAAGUAAAGAAGAGUGAGGCGAAAGAGGUCGAGGGAAUUUUUGGAUUUGGGAAGAAGGAUAAAGACAAGGACAAGGACAAAUGUAAAGACAAGGAGAAAAGCAAAGAGCACAAGAAGCCGAAAGAGCACAAGAAGCCGAAAGAGCACAAGAAGCCCAAAGAGCACAAGAAGCCCAAAGAGCACAAGAAGCCGAAAGAGCACAAGGGGCAUGGAGGACACAGCUCCUCAUCCUCCUCCAGUGACGAUGAUUAGAUCUGAGUGAAAGUGUUAGCUGUAAACACACAGAGUCUAUCGUACAUGCUAACUGCAUCACUUGUUUACCUCAUGGUAUUCCAAUAUGGACUUCAAUAAGUAUUUCAGAACACAACUGGACUGAAGAAGGAAUUUCUUUCUUUCUUUCUUUCUUUCUUUCUUUCUUUUCUCCCAAUAUAAUAAUUCAUGUUGUGAAGCUGUUUCUAAUUGUAAUGUUGUAAUUAAAAACAAUAAAUACAUCUAAAAUAAUUA